GUUCUGCUUCCGCUGCAGUGUGAAGCUCUAUAUGAUAUCAUCACUUGCAGCGGAACCGCCUCUUACAAAUAUCAGCACCGUCAAUGUCUCAUCCAAUGCAUCGGUCUUGUCGUGUUCUCGAAGUUGAACAGCUGGAACGGCACUUUAAACGGCUCGACAUUAACACGAAGACUCGCUGGGGCCAACUUCAAGUGAACUUUAACAACGCCAGACAUAACUUGAAGGGGCUGCUGUAUAAUUCGACUCUGGAGUAGACCGAGCUCUCUCGACGUUGUGUCUCCCUUCAUUGCACUGAACCGACGCGAAUUGCGCGGCUUGAGUAGCGCUUGAAGUUAACGUCUUGGCCAUGCUUCUAAUGUCCUUCGGAGUUCUGCCAAAGGAUGAGACUCCCAUUCCCCUCUCACACUCUUCUCAUUGUUCCCCACCGUUGUUCACACUGAUUCAAAUCCACGGCCACUCGCGAUGAGUGAAAACUAUAGGCCAGAUCCUCCUCCAAGAACCUCCAGAUCCAGCCGGGCAGAUGUUGCUGAAAACUCGAACCGACCUCGUAGAGGAAUCUGUCAGUUCAUGCGGAAAGUGAAGAAUGGAUUAACCAAAAAACUUCCUAAACGCUUCAAGCAAACACGCAACCGCACCACUACGGUCCAGAACGUUGAAAUCGAGGGGGCUUUUUCGAGCCAGAAAGUCGAGGACACCGUGCAUCUCCAUCCCUCCAACGACAACAGGCGUCCCACCACACUUGAGAUUCCCAGCGACUCCAUGAACCAAGGGCUGUCUGGAGAGCCUGCUUCACAGGCUCAGGCUGCUCAUUCUGGCGAGGAGGAAGGACCUAAUCACCAAUUAGUCGACGCUAUACUUCAGGGUGCCUGUGACGGUAUGGAAAGCACGAGACUACUCGGGGAACAUGCGACCUCUAUGGCAUCCGCCGCCAAUAAUGCUCCAGCGGGUCUCGCUGCUGUGGAUAAUUUCGAGACGACGUAUCUCCAACCCUUAAAGAUUAGCAAUGCUGUCCUUGAGAAGAUCGUGGAUGUACAUCCGUACACAAAGAUAGCGCUGGGUGUGCUGUCUGCCGCAUCCAAUAUUUACGUCCUGUUUCUCCCGGAAUCCGGUCUCUUACUCAGAAGUCAUAAUUCCAUGCAGAUUAUAAUCGCUCAAGCAGAGCGUGACGAAUCGAUCUAUAGUCUUCUCAAGAAGUUAGCUGAAAUUUACCGCUUCAUGACUCAAGAUGACAGCCUUGGCAAAAUUGAAUCGAUGCGCGGAAUCGUUGGAAAGAUCAUACAGCAGACUCGGAAGCGAGUUAGCAAAAAUUUUCUCUCCGAAACCGAUGGCAUCAUCAAAAAGUACAGCGACACUUUGGACGGCCUUGUACAACAAUUCCGGGACCAAGUUGAUUGGGACGUGAUCGUGUUCGUCCAACCUACGGGCGAUACCCUGGAUCUCGGGGAUAUCGCUUAUGCAAAGGGCGCAGGACUAAAUACCAUGAAACAGUGCCUACCAGGGACGCCCACAGAGAUUCUCUCCUAG